AAACAAAACAACUCUCCUAAAGUCGGGCAAUACGCAUCUUUCCGUGGUAAGAGACAAAACAGACGAUAAGAACCCGUAUUAGAUAUCAAGCAAGUAAUAAACUUCGUAAACUCCUGGCUAUUAUACUAUGUACUAUCCACAAAAUGAUGGCUGGAUUAUCAGACGGACUAUCAAACGCGUCACAACUUCCGAGAAUGACAAGCCCAAAAGUGCGAUCCUCAUGCGACUCGGGUGGAUCAGCUAAGGUCAGAUGUGAUCGCUGCCGGCCCAGAUGUCGUCGUUGCGUUACCCUCGGUAUCGAUUGUAUAUACGGCAUCUCACGCAAACUCGGCAGAGCACCGAGAAGGAGGCUAUCUGCAAGAGCCAAUUCCGGAACUACAAUCAGAACAUCCACAGAAGCGCAGAGAUUGUGGCCCGACACUAAUCCAGAGAGCUUUAUAAAUCUAGCUUUCGAGGAACCAAGACAAGUACAUGAGACAUUGCCACCCGAAAGCAACACUGACGUCCCAUUAUCAAGCACUUAUAACCACGACCAGCUGGAUGGGUUACAUUUAUCAAGCCCUAUAGAUAUUGAGCAGUGGCCUCAGUUUGACUUCUUAGAUGUUGGUACUCGAAUUCACGGGGUCCAAGAUACCCGUGGGUCUCAUAGCUGCGCCCGGGAGUCAUAUGAGAUUUUCGCAGAUCUGAUCUGCCCUGCUCCGGAUCUUCAUGCCCCUAAUACUAACUCGGAUACUGUAACGGCCCGGCUGGAUCAGGUACUUCACUUCAAUAGGAAAGCAAUCGACCGACUCAGUGGCCUUUUAGAGUGCUCUUGCGCCAAGUCUGGCCAUAGAGUUAUGGUUCAUGCAUCAAUCAUUUCUCGGAUUUUAAUAUGGUAUCAGCAGGCCGCUGGAUGGCCAUCCCCUUCAACCCCUUCAUCCUCGGGGUCCGACGAAGCGGCAGACGCUCGUUCCCCUAACUUGCGAAUAUUGCCCCGAACCACAGGCUUCAUCGUUACUGACGUACCGGCUACGUUAGGAACAUUUGGCAUUGAAGACCAGAAAAUGCAAGCUUCAAUCAGAAACCACCUAGUUUUAAGCGAGCUAAACAAGAUGUCAGCCCUCAUUGAUCUUUUUAGUUCACAUUUCUCGGACGAGUCGUCAGUUGCUGGCGCCGGUAGCCUCUAUACAUACAUCGCAGCGUGGCUUCGGAACGAGUAUGAUAAGACCAUGAGAGAUCUGAGAGCUGAACGUACAGCUCUAAAUGAUAUUUCAGAUAUCUGAUUUGACGAAACAAUACGUAUAUCUAUUAAAUUUUAUUCGCCUUCAAAGUGUACCUUCAUCCUUCUAGGAUUGUUAAAUUUUAGUACUUGUAUCAUCUUGCUCUUCACGACGACAUGUCCUCUAGGUUCAUGUAUAGUUAGCCUUGCGCGAACACUUAUUUUAUCCUCUUGUUUUAAACCGAAUCGCCACCUUAAGGAAUAGUCCCUCUAGAACUUCGGGUUCCAAAGGUUGAACCCUAUUGGUCAAUUCAAUCCCGUUAAGGAAAUGCCCGAAAACGCCACGGGAUACUCGAAAGCGCCAUAAAU